CGGAGAUUUGAACUUUGAACGUUAUUAGUGUCAAACGGAUAUUGCUCAUCUGGAAAUUUUUUUAUAUUGCACAUCUCAACAACAAUUUCGAAAAGAAGCGGCAGCGGCCAAGGUUUCCUGUAACGCUUGAGAUAACAAAUUUGGAAGCAACAACAACUAAAACAACACCAAUAUGUUAACACCUAAACAAAUUAGCUUUUUAAUGCUAACCACUUUUGUGGCUGCCGGCUGGGGUCUACAGUCAUUCCCCAAACUCUGUAAUGUCCAAGAUUUCCAAGAUUAUUUGCAUCAGACGGGCAAAGUUUACAAUGAUCCCAGAGAAUAUCAGUUCCGUGAAUCCAUAUUUUUGGCCAAAAAGGGUGUGGUGGAUAUGGGCAAUAAAUUUGCUGCCCAAGGUUCAUCGUCGUUUAAUAUGGCCAUAAAUCCCCUGGCCGAUUUGACACACAAUGAGGUGGCACGUUUGCUGGGCUCGAAAAUUACCUAUACCGGAGAAAACAUUACCUCUCAACACACCAACUUUGUGACGGCCAAAACCCAAACGGAUGGCUUGCCAGAUCAUUUCGAUUGGCGUGAAUUGGGCGGUGUUACACCACCAGAUUUCCAGGGCUUCGACUGUGGUUCUUGCUGGUCUUUUGCCACCAUUGGCGCUUUGGAGGGCCAUUUGUUUAGACGUACUGGCCUUCUAGUGCCUUUGUCUACUCAAAACUUGGUCGACUGUGCCGAGGAUUAUGGUUCGAUGGGCUGUGAUGGUGGUUUCCAGGAAUAUGCCUUUGAAUACAUACGUGAUCACGGUGUCUCGGUGGCCAGUAAAUAUCCCUACACCCAAAUGGAAAAUGCCCAAUGCGGUAGGAAUGAGACCACCGACAAGGGUGUGUAUAUACGUGAUUAUGCCCGCAUUAAGCCCGGUGAUGAAGCCAAAAUGAAAGAAGUCAUUGCCACCUUGGGCCCCUUGGCCUGUUCCAUAAAUGCCGAUGUGGUCUCGUUUGAACAGUACAAUGGUGGCAUUUACGAUGAUGAUCAAUGUAAUCAGGGUGAGGUUAAUCACUCUGUUGUCGUGGUGGGUUAUGGCUCGGAAAAUGGCCGUGACUAUUGGAUUGUCAAGAAUUCCUAUUCGGCAAAUUGGGGGGAGAAUGGUUUCUUUAGGCUGCCUCGCAAUGAGAAUAGUUUUUGCGGGAUUGCCAGUGAAUGUAGUUUCCCAAUUUUGUAAGAAUGUAAAGGAAUCAGCUGUUUGCUGCAAUCAGCUGUUCGAGGUAAACAGCUGUUUAAAGAUAAACAAAUUGUAGAUUUUGGAAAUUAACAGCUGU